AUGCGUCUCCUCCUCCGUAUCAUAGCCACUCUCCUCGCCGCGCUCAUCGCACCUUCCGCGGCGGGCGACCUCGACGCGGACUGCAAGGUCAGCAUCAACUGCGCGACGGUGCCCGCGGCGGCCGGGGCCGUCGACUACGUGCACGACCUCGUGCAGCGGCUCCCGGACAACGAGGUCUACCCGGACGGCAAGCACAUCGUCUGCCGGCAGUACUCUUCGGGGCCCAACGGCUUCUGCCUCUUCUUCCGGGGCGUGGCCAAGGGCGAGGCGCGCACGGGCCGCGAGGUCAAGCGCCUGAUGGACAGGCUCAGGCGCGUGAGCAACGAGGGCAAGGACCGCGGCUGCGGGGGCCGCUGCGGCGUCGUCUGGGACAAGUCUUGGGGCAAGGGCGCCCUCAGGCUCGACUACGUCACCAGGUCUUGCGUGGAUGUCUGCGGCAAAGAUGACGACGGCAGCGCGUUUGGCAGGUUUCGACCGGGCAUGCCCGUGCAUGUGCAUAUGUAGUAAUGUUGACGAUGAUGGG